CGAGGCCUGCCUGCAGCCAGGAGCUUGAGCCCGUGAGCUCGGGAUCGGCUUUGCCAGCCAUGGAGGAUUAUCACCGUCCCGGCGAAGAGGUUGGCUUCAAUGCUGAGGAGGCUCACAAUAUUGUUAGAGAGUGCAUAGACGGCGUCUUGUCUGGUGAGGAUUAUAACCAGAACAGCAUCAAUCAAUGGACUGCAGCAAUUGUGGAACAAUCCUUAACUCAUUUGGUCAAGUUGGGGAAACCUUAUAAAUACAUUGUCACCUGUGCGGUGGUCCAGAAGAGUGCCUAUGGCUUUCAUACUGCCAGUUCAUGCUUUUGGGAUACUACAUCUGAUGGAACCUGCACUGUAAGAUGGGAGAAUCGAACCAUGAACUGCAUCGUUAAUGUCUUUGCUGUUGCUAUUGUUCUGUAACAGACUUAAAAUGUAAAACCUGUGUCAACCUGACAGUUUAUAUCAGUGCAUUCUUUGUAAACAAAAAAUAGUUAUUAAUGUGCUAGACAAAUGUGCAAUGUGCUUCAAAGCUAUCAACAGAAGCUGAUUAUCAUUAAGCCAGUAAUUUCUAAUAGGAUGGUUUAUAUUUUCUAGAGUACCACUUAAAUAGAAAAAAUUUAAUGUUAGAAAUAAACACAGGAAUAUGGCAUUACCUGAAAAUGCAACUUUAGAUUUAUACCAGCUUUUGACUAAUCAUAUGUACCUAAAGAGAUGGGGAAAAUUCUUUCAGAAAAUAAGAUUUCUCUGGGACCAGAGAGAUAACACAGUGGGAAAGGUGAUUGCCUUUGUAUGUGGCUGACCCAGAUGCAAUCUCUGGCAUCCCAUAUGGUUCCCUAAACACCUCCAGGAGUCAUUCCUGAGAGCAGAGCCAGGAGUAGCCUCUGAGCAGCACCAGAUGUGGCCCAAAAACAAAAAUAAAAAGAGAAAAUAAAAUUUUCUUUCAGCUAGAGAAGUUCACAGGAAUAAACAUAAGAACAAAAAACUCAUAAAGAUAAAUAUGGAGAAAAUAGGCUAUUCUUAGUCUAUUUCUCCCACUGUACAAUUAAGUACAUAUGAUUUAGUGGUAAGUAAUUCUUUUCUAUGAACUAAUAUCACAAAGCAAAUGUUACUAAUGUCUUACUUUGCAAAUUGUCAAAUCCAUUUUUUAUUUGAAGUUCUUGAAUUUGCAUUUUUGGGUGAAUUACAUCUGCUAACCUGAAUUCCCUAGUUAAAAUUAAUUACCAUGUGGUAAGAAGUAUAUGGUACUCUUAACAGCUACCUUAUAGUUUACUCAUUGCAUAUGGAAGAAACUUUUAUUCAAUUCCUACUAUGAGCAUAUUUCCAUAAGCAUCAUAAUUGUAGCACUGUAGCACUGUCCUCCUGUUGUUCAUUGAUUUGUUCAAGCAGGCACCAGUAAUGUCUCCACUGUGAGACUUGUUACUGUUUUUGGUAUAUUGAAUAUGUCACGGGUAGCUUGCCAGGCUUUGCCGUGCGGGUGAGAUACUCUUGGUAGUUUUCCGGGCUCUCCAAGAGGGGCAGAGGAAUCGAACCCAGGGUGGCUGCAUGCAAGGCAAAUGCCCUACCUGCUGUGCUAUCGCUCCAACCCAUCAUAACUGUAAAUAUGCUAUUUAAUAAUAUAAGUUUUUAUGCCAUCUGUUCAGUUGGACAACUAACUUUGAGGGUAAACAUUGCUCUAUGAGAAUGGGGAGAAAGUCAAGCUGGCUGCCCAUGUUGAAGCAAGCAAAAUAAAAUGCACUUAUUGCUGAGAGAAUGAUAGAAUUUUAAGAAUCUCUUGUCGCAAGUAAAACAUACUGAAAAUAUGCAGCUCAUAUUUAAAGGCCUUCUUAGCACCUUAUUAUAUAAAUUUGUUCUUAGCUAUAACCAUAUACAUAGCUUUAAGUAUUUACAUGGAGUUCAUGGUCAUUAAAGUAUAAAUUAAAAUAUACAAUCACUAGCAGGUUAUAAGAUAUCUCAGGGCUUAGGAAAUGUAGUUAAACUUAUUAAAGAAAUAAAGAUUGUAAUACUAUGUUAUACAGCUGGCCACCAAAUGCGAAGUCAAUCCUUUUUCUAACCAUGACAGCAAAAUCAUUUGCAUAUCACCACAAACACUAAUACAUACAGAAUUGUAUUUCUCAUUGGAUGUUGGAAGGGGAAAGAAAAGCUUAGUAUUGGUAUUGACUAGGUAGUAUUCUUGUAAGAGUACUAUGUAUGUUUGAUAUUUUUCUGAGUAAUAUUUUAAUGUUUAAGAAGACUUUUACAAAAAUACAAUAGAAUGUAAUGCAAUGAUCUACAUUUUUGGCAUGUCAAAGUGCUUAUAAUCAGUACCUUUUUAUUACUCUACUCUGGCUGGCUUUUGUGCCUAUGUAGAUUACCAUAGUGAUCAAAAUAUUUGCAGUUAAGACUCGCUUUUGAUAAUUGUUAUUUAAGCCAGAUUUAAAAGAAUAAUGAUUAAAUAUACCUCGUUAACUUGCUUUCUGCUGUUUCUAGUUAAAAUGUAAUAAAUAUUAUCUUUCUGUGCUGUA